GGAGAGCAUUACAUGACCCCAGAAGACUUUGUGCAGAAAUACCUAGGACUUUAUACAGAUCCACGUUACAAUCCUAAAACAGUACAGCUGUUGGCUGGAGUGGCAGAUCAAACUAAAGAUGGGCACUGUUAAAGAGAGACCUCUGAAGAAUGGCUUCUUUCAGGUUCAGGCUUCUAUGAAUGCGUUCUACAGGGAUCAUCACUUGAUCUGUCUGUUAUAAAGUUUCCUGGUUAGGAAUUAAUGCCAGGUUUAUGCCUUUAUGUGAGAUAUGUUUGGAAGUAUGUACAAUUAUUUUAAGGGAUAUUUUGUUUCUUUGAUACUAAACCCUUAUCUAUCAAAAUAAUCAUUUGGAUGAAGUUGACUUCACAUCUGGAGAACCAUUUUCUCAUCUUUGAUUUAAUGGCUAAAGUGUGACAAAAUCAGUGUCAUAAUGCUAUAUUUCUUACAUCUUAAUUCCUUUCAAAAUCACUGUUUUCUGUAUUUUGAUGUAUGAUACAUUUAUGCAAGAAUGUUAAAAUAUGUAAUGUUGUUUAAAGUAUCUUGAUUCUGCAUAUACUUUGUCAGAGAAAGACUAGAUAAACUAAUGAAUAGUGUGGUUUGAUUUUUUUCUAAGAGAAACAGAAUUUAUACAUAUAUCUUUAACAAUAAGUGGCAUAUGUGUGAAGUAAUCACUAUGAGCUAAUGAUCUUCUAUGAAGAGUACAUUUAGUACUCAUACUAUAAAAUGUUCUAAAGAGUACAUUUAUAAAUUCAGAUCAAUUAUGUACAAUUGGAACUGGAUGGAAUAUUCUAAGUUGUCAGUCUUAAGUCCCCUGUUUUUUACAAGGCUGAAAUCACACAGUAGUUUUAAGAAACCAUAUUUCCUGUUAAAACCUAGGGAUUUUACUUGCAGUAUUCUGGAAAGGCCACAGUAUAUGCCCACUCUGAAUAUCUUUACAGAUAACACAGCACAAUUUUGUUCUUGUGCCAAAGUUAUCCUUCAUCUUCUGGCUUGAGGCUCAUCUUUCUGUAGGUUUUCUUAUAUAGAACAUUUCUAUAUAUAGAAGAAUAUAGAGCCUUCAUAUAGAGUCUUUCUAUAUAUAUAUAUAUUUUUCUCCUUGUCAGAAUAAGCUGAGCUCCUCUAGAGAAGUUCUUUAUGAUUGUUGUAAUAAGCUACUUGUGCAUCCAUUCAAGUCUGAGUUUAUAUGUGUUGAACACAAGGACUUUGGUUUGUAUGCAGCGUUCCAGAGAUGUCGUGAGAGCCCUAUCUGGUGAUACAGCUGCUUCUUCAUCUCGCACAGAAAAGCUCCCCUGAUGCAUCCUGAGUUGCGUUUUUCUGUAUGGUUGAUUUCCUAUCAAGAAUUUUUGGCAUUUGAAUCUGUUUUGUGUACUCCAGAUGCAAUAUUCAUUGUUGCUUUUCAGUUAUUUGACAAGACUGGCAAUGGAGAAGUAACAUUUGCAAAUGUCAAAGAAAUAUUUGAACAAAGUACUAUACAUCUUCAAAUCCCCUUCAACUGGGAUUGUGAAUUCAUUCGACUGCAUUUUGGACAUAACAGGAAGAAGCAUCUUAACUAUUCAGAGUUCACUCAGUUUUUGCAGGAGCUGCAGUCAGAACAUGCAAGACAAGCCUUUGCAAUGAAGGACAAAAAUAAAAGUGGUAUGAUUACUGGGCUGGACUUCAGUGAAAUCAUGGUUACCCUUCGCUCACAUAUGCUAACUCCGUUUGUGGAAGAAAAUUUAGUUUCAGUAGCUGGUGGAACUGUUUCACAUCAGGUCAGCUUCUCCUACUUCAAUGCAUUUAAUGCCCUUUUGAAUAACAUGGAUCUCGUUAGGAAGAUAUACAGCAAUAUAGCAGGUAUAAGAAAAGAUGUUGAAGUCACAAAAGAGGAAUUUACCCACUCUGCAAUCCGAUUUGGACAAGUUACACCACUGGAAAUAGAUAUUCUCUACCAACUCACAGAUUUAUACAGUGUUACUGGGCGCUUAACUUUGGCAGAUAUUGAGAGAAUAGCACCGCUGGCUGAAGGUGCGUUACCUUACAACUUGGCAGAACUCCAGAAGCAGCAAUCUUAUGGAGAGUUAGGCAGGCCUAUCUGGCUCCAGGUAGCUGAGUCAGCUUACAGGUUCACUUUGGGCUCAAUUGCUGGAGCUGUUGGUGCUACGGCAGUAUAUCCCAUAGACCUGGUGAAGACUCGUAUGCAGAAUCAGCGUUCCACCGGUUCAGUCGUAGGAGAGUUGAUGUAUAAAAACAGCUUUGACUGCUUUAAAAAGGUUUUGCGUUUUGAAGGCUUUUUUGGUCUUUACAGAGGCUUGUUACCACAGCUGAUAGGUGUUGCUCCAGAAAAGGCUAUUAAGCUAACUGUUAAUGACUUUGUCAGAGACAAAUUCACUAAGAAAGAUGGUUCCAUUCCACUCCCCGCAGAGAUCCUUGCAGGAGGUUGUGCAGGAGCUUCUCAGGUCAUCUUCACUAAUCCGCUGGAGAUUGUAAAGAUUCGGUUGCAGGUAGCAGGAGAAAUUACUACAGGACCCAGAGUCAGUGCCCUCUCUGUUAUUAAAGAUUUAGGUCUUCUUGGUCUUUAUAAGGGUGCCAAAGCAUGUUUCCUCAGAGACAUUCCCUUUUCUGCAAUCUACUUUCCUGUUUAUGCUCAUAGUAAACUGAUGCUUGCUGAUGAAAAUGGCCAUGUGGGAGGGCUUAAUCUCCUUGCAGCUGGAGCCAUUGCAGGUGUGCCUGCUGCUUCUUUGGUAACCCCUGCUGAUGUCAUCAAGACAAGACUGCAAGUGGCAGCUCGCGCUGGUCAGACAACAUACAGUGGAGUUAUUGACUGUUUUGGAAAGAUUCUAAGGGAAGAAGGCCCUUCAGCUUUUUGGAAGGGAGCUGGAGCUCGCGUGUUCAGAUCUUCGCCCCAGUUUGGUGUUACUUUGGUCACAUACGAGCUUCUGCAGAGAUGGUUUUAUGUCGAUUUUGGAGGCCUCAAACCUUCUGGAUCAGAACCUACACCAAAAACUCGAAUUUCAGAUCUUCCCCCCGUUAACCCUGAGCACAUAGGUGGAUACAGACUUGCUACAGCUACAUUUGCUGGUAUAGAAAAUAAAUUUGGCUUAUAUCUGCCAAAGUUUCGGUCUCCUGGCACUGCCUCAAUCAAAAAGCCAGCAGCUGAAUCCUGAAGACAUCUUUCAGCCUAAUGAAGUGACGCAGUGCUAAAAAUUCACAAGAGUAGUACUGUAUUUUUUCCAGCCAGCUGCAUGUUGUUCUGGUUGAACUGAGCUUGCACAUUAAAUUCCUCCUAAUAUUAAUAUAUACACAUGCAUUUAUUUGUUUAUGAACUAGUCAUUUGCACACAAACUGAUUGAAGCAGUGGUUCUAUGCCUUAUUUUUAACCGGUGGCAUGAAUCGUUAAGACUAGACUUUGCCUUGCACAGCUUGCAUUUAAUGUUACUGUACAUAUUGUACAUCUUUGUACAGAGACAUGGCAUCUAUAGACGUACGUUUAUAUAAGGGGUAGUGCAGUUCAAAAUAGUUUGAAAUGUACAGAAUGUUUUGAAAGCUUUUUGUUAAGACUCAUGUGACAAUAAAACAUUUAAAAACAU